AUGGAUCGCGACUAUCUGUACAUAGGGAAAAUUGAUGGCUGUCAUAUUUCUAAAGCUAAGCGUAAAUCCCACAGAUCCGGUAUUAUUGCCGCAGUAGAAAAGCUGUUAGCUCGGCCCUCACUUUUCAUCUUUACCACGCUCAUAUUUAUGAUUAGAUGCUAUUCCGAUGUUGGUCGAGCUGGAGGAAGGCAGGAAUUAUCGUUAGACGAUGGCUGCAUGCAGUACGAUACAGCUAUUCACGAGUUGAUGCACUCCGUAGGCUUUUACCAUGAGCACGAAAGAUGGGAUCGCGAUAAUUAUAUAAAGAUACUUUGGCAGAACAUUGAUAGAGAUGCAUACGAUCAGUUUGGUAAAGUAGAUCUGAGCGAGAGUUCCUACUACGGCCAAGUGUAUGACUACUACUCGAUCAUGCAUUAUGAUAGUUUGGCGUUUUCAAAGAAUGGCCUCGAAACUAUGGUGGCGAGAGUUCCUGAGAUGACGAGAGUGAUUGGCUCUGCAAUUGAUUUCAGCCCUGUAGGCGAUUUGACUCAUACUUGUGAAAACAGAAACAAAAGCGAUUCUUUGAAAGUGAAACUAGAAACAAUGGGAAAAAACACUUAG